AUGUCUCCUACUCACGCUGAAGUUGAAUCAUUGAAGGCCAGAUAUACUGUUGCUGGUCAAGAACACCUUUUUACUUUUUAUGAAAAUCUUACACCUGAAGAACAAACUGCUCUUUUUAACCAACUUAAUAAACUUGAUAUUGAACGUGUUAAUCAAAUUUUUAAGAAAGCCGUUUCUUCGUCAGGAAAUUCUUCUGAUACUAAAAAACAAAAUUUAGAAACUUUACCUGAUGAUGUAUUUGAUUCUGUAUUAGAUGCAAAUGAAGAUAAGAUUAAAGAAUGGGAAAAAUUAGGGUUUGAUAUGAUUUCUCAAAAUAAAGUUGCUGUCAUUUUGAUGGCUGGUGGUCAAGGAACUAGAUUAGGUUCAUCAGCUCCAAAAGGUUGUUAUGAUAUUCAUUUACCAUCUGGUAAAUCCUUAUUUCAACUUCAAGCUGAACGAAUUUUAAGAUUACAAAAAGUCGCUCAAGAUUUUACGAAUUGUAAAAAUGAUGUGAUAAUUUCGUGGUAUAUAAUGACCAGUGGUCCGACAAGAUCUGCUACUGAAUCUUUUUUCAAACAAAACAAUUAUUUUGGAUUAAAAGAAGAGAAUGUUAUCUUUUUUGAACAAGGUACUUUACCCGCAUUGACCUAUGAAGGAAAAGUAUUUAUGGACACAAAAUCUUCUCUUGCCGUUGCACCUGAUGGUAAUGGUGGAAUGUAUGCUGCCUUACGAAAGGAAAAAGUUCUUGAAUCAAUGAAAUCAAGAAAUAUUUGUUAUGCUCACGCUUAUUGCGUUGAUAAUUGUCUUGUUCGCGUUGCUGAUCCAAUUUUCGUUGGUUAUUGUAUUUCUAAAAACGCUGACUGUGGUGCCAAAGUCGUUCGUAAAAUUGAUCCACAUGAAUCUGUAGGUGUUAUUGCUCUUCGUGAUGGCAAAUUUAACGUAGUAGAAUACAGCGAAAUUGAACCUGCUGUCGCCGAGCAGAGAAAACUUAAUGGUCAACUUACCUUUGGUGCUGCUAAUAUUGCAAACCAUUUCUAUUCAGUUGACUUUUUAGAUCGUGUAGAAUCAUUUGAAAGUGAACUUGAAUAUCAUAUAGCAAAUAAGAAAAUCAAACAUAUUGAUAUUAACACCGGUGAAUUAAUUGCUCCAUCCAAACCAAACGGUAUGAAACUUGAACUUUUCGUCUUUGACGUUUUUCCUUUCACAGAACGUAUGGCAGUUCUUGAAGUUGAAAGAAAGGAAGAGUUCUCACCUUUAAAGAACGGUCCGGGUACCGCGUCUGAUAAUCCCGAAACAAGUCGAAGGGAUAUCAUAAACCAACAUGUGAGAUAUGUUGAAAAAGCUGGCGGUACAGUCACACCAGGUGAUGGUGAUUCACCUGGUAAUCUUACAUUUGAAAUUUCACCGUUGGUUAGUUAUUCUGGUGAGGGGUUAGAAAAAUUAAAGGGGAAAACUAUCAAAACUCCUUUGAUUCUUGAUACUCCGGAUGAUUUAGAUAAAUGUUAA